CGGAUAUUUGUGGCCCUAUGAGAACACCAUCUCUCAGCCAAAACAGAUAUUUCAUCCUCUUUAUUGAUGACUUUACAAGAAUGACAUGGGUAUACUUUCUUGGCAGCAAAGGUCAAGCCUUGCCUGUGUUCAAAAAAUUCAAAGCUUUGGUUGAAAACCAAAGUAGAUGCAAAAUUAAGAAGCUCAAAUCAGAUAAUGGCAAGGAGUAUACCUCCAAUGAUUUCAAUUUGUUUUGUGAAGAAGCUGGUGUUGAUCAUCAAUUGACAGUGUCUUAUACUCCACAACAGAAUGGCAUUGCAGAGAGGAAAAAUAGAACCAUUAUGGAGAUGGCAAGGUGCAUGUUAGCAGAGAAGAAAUUGCCUAAAUGUUUUUGGGCUAAAGCAGUUUAUACAGCUGUCUAUCUCUUAAAUGGUCUACCAACAAAGGCGGUAAAAGGCAUGACACCUAUUGAGUCUUGGUAUGGUCAAAAACCAUCAGCUGAUCACUUGAAGGUGUUUGGUUCAAUUUGUUAUAAUCAUGUUCCAGCAGCUAAAAGAGGAAAAUUAGAUGAGAAGGCAAAAAUUGGGAUCUUUAUAGGCUAUGCAACACAAGCAAAAGGUUAUAAGGUGUAUGAUCCUAUAUCCAAGAAGGUAAAUGUGCAUAAAGAUGUUGUUUUUGAUGAGAGUGCACACUGGAAUUGGGAUGCAGGGAAGAUAGAAAAAGGUUCAAAUAAGCAGUGUGAAGCUGGUUCAGAUGUUGUUUCCAGUUCUGAAAUUGCAGAAGUUGAUGAUGAUUCACCGGUUUUGAAAACCAAGUCACUAGCUGAGAUUUAUGCAAGAUGCAAUUUAGCUUCUGCAGAACCUAAUUGUUUUGAAGAAGCAGCUAAACAGCAGGUUUGGAUUGAUGCCAUGAAGGAGGAGCUGUCUAUAAUAAAAAAAAAUCAAACUUGGUGUCUUAUUCCAAAACCAGAUGAUAAGAAGCCUAUUGGAGUGAAGUGGGUGUUUCGAACUAAGCUAAAUCCAGAUGGUUCUAUACACAAACAUAAGGCCAGACUUGUUGUGAAGGGGUAUGCUCAACAACCGGGGGUUGAUUAUGGAGAGACUUAUGCUCCGGUGGCAAGACAUGAUACAGUAAGGCUUCUAAUUGCAUUAGUUGCUAAUUUGGGUUGGAAGUUGUUUCAUAUGGAUGUAAAAUCAGCUUUCCUUAAUGGGGUUCUACAAGAGGAAAUUUAUGUUGAACAACCACCUGGGUUUGAGAUUACAGGGAAGGAAGACUAUGUUUAUAAGCUUAACAAGGCUUUGUAUGGUCUAAAACAGGCGCCAAGGGCCUGGUAUUGCAGAAUUGAUGACUACUUGAUGAGUCAAGGAUUCAGGAGGAGCAUAGAAGAAGCAACUUUGUAUGUGAAAGGCAGCAGCAGUGAAUCUCAGCUUAUUUUGUCACUUUAUGUAGAUGACUUAUUGUUAACUGGAAAUGAUUUGAAGUUGAUGGAACAAUUCAAGAAGGUUAUGAUGCAAGAGUUUGCAAUGACAUAUUUGGGAGAGACAAAGUAUUUUCUGGGACUUGAAGUUCAGCAAUUGAGCAAGGGAAUUUUCAUUUGCCAAAGAAAGUAUGCACUGGAUAUCUUGAAGAAGUUUGAAAUGGAGAGUUGUAAACCAGUUGCCACUCCACUGGUUCAAUAUGAAAAGCUUUCCAAGGAUGAUCGAGAAACCAAGGUUGAUUCCUCCUACUACCGAAGUUUAAUUGGUAGCCUACUUUAUUUAACUGCUACAAGACCUAAUUUGAUGUUUGCAGCAAGCUAUUUGUCAAGGUUUAUGUCAGCUCCCAGUAAACUUCAUUUAGUUGCAGCCAAAAGAGUUCUUAGGUACAUCAAAGGAACCUAUGAACUUGGCUUGUGGUUUAACAGUAAUCAACAAGGAAGGUUACAGGGGUAUGCUGAUAGUGAUUGGGCAGGUUCUAUGGAGGAUAUGAUAAGCACAACAGGUUAUGUGUUCUCCUUUGGUUCAAGGAGUUUCUCUUGGAAUUCAAAGAAGCAGGAUGUUGUAGCUCAGUCCACAGCUAAGGCUGAGUAUUUAGCAGCUGGAGCAGCAACAAAUCAUGCUAUUUGGCUUAGAAUGGUGCUUGAAGAACUUGGUUUUGAUCAAAUUGAGCCUUGUGUACUCAAGGUAGAUAACAUGUCAGCAAUUGCUAUUGCUCAAAAUCCAGUGCAGCAUGAUGCAACCAAGGAAGAAACAACUAGAAAAUCUCAUCCUAAUUUGCAAGAAUCUAGCAGAGGCAGGAUGGUCUUACCUUUUGAACCCUUAACGGUAGUCUUUCAGGAUUUGCAGUAUUGUGUCGAUAUUCCUUUGGAAGAGGGGCUGAAUCAGAAAAAACUACAGCUUCUUUCAGAUGUCACUGGUGCCCUCAGACCUGGUGUUCUUACAGCAUUGAUGGGCGUCAGCGGAGCAGGGAAAACAACUCUUCUGGAUGUUCUUGCAGGAAGAAAAACUAUUGGGAAUAUUAAGGGAGAGAUAAAAAUUGGAGGCUACCCUAAGGUUCAAGAAACUUUUGCUAGGAUCGCUGGCUAUUGUGAACAAACUGACAUACAUUCCCCUCGACUCACUGUGGAAGAAUCUGUAACCUUUUCUGCUUGGUUGCGUUUGGCUCCUGAAAUUGACUCAAAGACUAAAGCUGAAUUUGUAGAUGAAGUCCUGCAGACCAUUGAGCUUGGUGAAAUUAAGGAUGCAUUAGUUGGCAUUCCUGGGGUUAGUGGGCUAUCCAUUGAGCAACGAAAGCGCCUUACAAUAGCUGUGGAACUUGUUGCCAAUCCCUCGAUAAUCUUUCUGGAUGAACCAACAACCGGCCUGGAUGCACGAGCAGCAGCCAUUGUCAUGCGAACUGUAAAGAAUGUAGUUGAUACAGGAAGAACAAUUGUCUGCACGAUUCAUCAGCCAAGUAUUGAUAUAUUUGAAGCUUUUCACGAGGGUAUCUCUGGCGUACCAAAGAUUAAAAACAACUAUAACCCAGCUACUUGGAUUUUGGAAGUCACUUCUCCAUCUGCUGAAGCUGAACUCAGUGUGGAUUUUGCUCAAAUAUACAAGGAUUCAGCUUUGUGUGAGACCAAUAAAGAAAUGGUAAGGCAACUGAGUAUCCCAGCUCCUGGAUCCCAAAAGUUGCAUUUCCCAACCCGCUUUGCACAAAAUGUUUGGGGACAAUUCAAAUCUUGCCUAUGGAAACAGCAUUUGUCAUAUUGGAGAAGCCCUUCUUACAACCUAACGCGCAUUAUGUAUGCGCUUGCCUCAUCUUUGUUCUUUGGUGUAGUCUAUUGGAACCAGGGACAGAAAAUGUGAGUGUAUAUGCGUAGUUUCUGUAUGUACGAUAUGAUAUUCAAUUCUGUAACUGAUGUGUGUUUAAGUGAUUCUUGCUUCUCGUAAUUUCAGAGACAACCAGCAGAAUUUAUUCAAUAUACUGGGUUCAAUGUU